GAGUCCCUCUCCAGCAGCAGCAGCAGCAGCAGCAGCAGCAGCAUCAGUGCGUCGCUGCUGUGAGUAAAAAGCCAAACGUCGUCCUGGUCCUGGUCCUGGUCCUCCUGGUCCACCAUGGACGUGUUUAAGAGCCGCCUGCUGGGCAUCACGGUGGCUGUGGCUCACGGCGUCUUCUCGGGUUCUCUGAACAUCCUGCUCAAGUUCCUCAUCUCCAACUAUCACUUCACUUUCCUGACGCUGAUCCAGUUCCUGACGAGCAGCACCGCGGCGCUGACUCUGGAGACUCUGAGGAGACUGGGAAAAGUCCAGGUCCCAGCCUUCAGCCUGCAGCUGGCCAAGGAGUUUGCCUCGGUGUGUGUCCUCUCCACUCUUCAGUCCACUCUCACUCUCUGGUCUCUGCGCGGCCUCAGUUUGCCGAUGUACGUCGUCUUCAAGCGUUGUCUGCCUCUGUUCACGCUCAGCAUCGGCGUGUGCGUGCUGAGGAACGGUGUGCCGUCCAUCGGCGUGGCGACCGCCGUGCUCAUCACCACCGGUGGAGCCGCCCUGGCUGGUGCCGGCGAUCUCACCGGUGAUCCCUUCGGUUACGUGACCGGUGUGUUGGCGGUGAUCAUCCAUGCCUCGUACCUGGUCCUGAUCCAGAGAGUCAGCCUGGACAGCGAGUACGGACCACUCACCGCACAGUACGCCAUCGCCAUCAUGGCGACGCCGGUGCUGCUCAUCUGCUCUUUCAUCUCCAUGGACGCCAUCAACAUGUGGACGUACGAGGGCUGGGGCGACGCCCACAUCACUGUCAUCUUCGUCUUCUGCGUCUUCAUCGGCUGCGCCAUGAACUUCACCACGCUGCACUGCACCUACCUGAACUCCGCCGUCACCACCAGCUUCGUGGGCGUGGUCAAGAGCAUCGCCACCAUCACCGUCGGCAUGCUGGCGUUCAGCGACGUCGCGCCCACCGGCCUGUUCAUCGGCGGCGUGGUAGUGAACACUGUGGGCUCCAUCACCUACUGCGUGGUCAAAUACUUUGAGAUGAAGAAGAAGAGCCUGUAUGAGGAUCUGGAGGAGGCGGGGAAAGAUGGCACGUUGCCGGGGGAACCUUACAAAGAGAAGCCGGCACUGAACGGCGAUGGACCGACCACUGGAACCGCACCUGAUGUUGGACAACUGCAGACAGACGGAGUGUUGAGCGGUGAGAAGAUGGACGACACAGCACAGACUGAUUUGGUCAACGGACAGUUGUGGAUGGGAGACGGACGAGGAGACGCGGAGGUGGGUGUGAACUCGUGUGUCAUGACAGAAAAAGAGUCGGUGGAGAUGCAGAGGGAGCACCUCCACCGGGAGAACCCCGGUGCCGCUCAGUCAGUCAGUGACAGCUAUGUCGGGGUGUGGAGGUCCAUCAGACACCUGCAGUUCAUGAAGAAAGAACCUCUGAUUGAGAACAUGGAGACGCAGAGUCCCUGAGCUCAGGACAGAGACCUGAAGAGAUGAGGACACUCAGAGAGACAAGGAGGACGAAGGAGAUCAUUGAAGAGAACAACGAGUAGAACCACCAGGAAUCUCUCUUAUCAGCAUUCAGUAAAAUGAAAACACCUUUUUGUGCGUGAAGCUGCUCUUCACCGAGACUCUGCUCUUUGACCAGAGGCACCUUGUGACUUAGUGAUGAGCAUGAGAAGACGGUGGAGAAAAGUGGAUCAGGAGUUUUGGGAGACACUGUCUCUCAGAGGGGAACUUCCUGUCUCCUGCAGCGAGCGGCAGGAAACCAGUGAACCAUCCAUGAAGCAUGAUUUGGUUUGGUUUGCAUUCCUGCAGCUUUGAGACAGUUCAAACAAAUAAAUCAGAGACACCCAACUGACUGGUGUGAGUGAAGGUCAAAGGUCAAGUUCAGUCGUUUGUAAAAGCAUGCGUUGGCCACAGAGAAGAACAUAUCUUUUGCUGCGUUUCAUUUACGUCGGAAGUCGGAACCGGGAGUGAUGUCACCCUCGAGUGGACCACGUUCGAGUUUAGAAGUCGGGGGGAAAAAAAACAUAAACGUAUGUCAGGAUAGCCAUUCUUAGCAAUACCAGUCGCUAACAAUGCUACACAAACAAACACCGUAGCAACGUGUUCGCAGUUAAAAAUAAAAACGGUUCUGUGUUUUUAGAGAGAACUGUUUUCAUACACGUGGCAGCCAUCUUCAAUAACAACGUCAGGGUUUCUCCGACAUUCUAACUUGGGGUAUGUUUAAUGACGCACCCAACACCCC